AUGGAUAUAGGAGGAGGCGCCGGAGGUUUAAGGGGAAGUGCUAACGUUUCAUGGAGACUCGAUGCGUACUUCUGGCGCGUCUUUUCUGGUGCGUCUGCGACAAAUUCAAAGCGCAUACACUGCCCUAGAUUGAUAUCGCAUGGUCCUUUGAUAAAUCAAACUUUUCCGUAUCUGAAGAGAGGUCGCUUACGUCGAUAUGCAGUUUCGGCUUGGGAAAAAGUAUAA